ACGGUGCGCUUGCCGCUCAGCGCUCAAGCGACACGACGCGCCCCAGACGACCCCGCCGACGCAGCCAGACCACCCAGCGGGUCCCAGUGGCGGCGGCGGCAAGAGCGGCCCCGGGUCCCGCGCCUCGGACCCCUCCCCACGGACGGGGCGGGCGGCGCCGAUAGGAGCCCGGAGGCCAUGGGGACCUGGGCCAGGCUAGCGAUCGCGGGCCAGCGGGAGCCCCGGGUCUGAGGAACGGGCGACGGAGGCGGCAGGGCCAUGACCUCGGUGUGGAAGCGCUUGCAGCGCGUGGGCAAGCGGGCCGCCAAGUUCCAGUUUGUGGCCUGUUACCACGAGCUGGUGGUGGAGUGCACCAAGAAAUGGCAACCGGAUAAGCUGGUGGUAGUGUGGACCCGGCGGAACCGACGCAUCUGCUCCAAGGCCCACAGCUGGCAGCCGGGCAUCCAGAACCCAUACCGGGGCACCGUGGUGUGGAUGGUACCUGAGAAUGUGGACAUCUCUGUGACCUUAUACAGGGACCCACACGUGGACCAGUAUGAGGCCAAAGAGUGGACGUUUGUUAUUGAGAAUGAGUCCAAGGGGCAGCGGAAGGUGCUGGCCACGGCUGAGGUGGACCUGGCCCGCCAUGCAGGGCCUGUGCCUGCCCAAGCCUCACUGCGGCUGCGGCUGAAGCCCAAGUCAGUGAAGGUGGUGCAGGCCGAGCUGAGCCUCACUCUCUCUGGGGUGCUGCUGCGGGAGGGCCGUGCCACGGAUGAUGACAUGCAGAGUCUUGCGAGCCUCAUGAGCAUGAAGCCUAGUGACGUGGGCAACUUGGAAGACUUUGCUGAGAGUGACGAGGAGGCUAAUGGUCCAGGGGGCCCGGAGGCGCGGGCUCGUGUCCUCCAGCCAGAUACUUCUCGGGAGCUGAAGACACUCUGUGAGGAGGAGGAAGAGGGCCGAUUUCGGCCCCAGCAGGCAGCUGCCAGCCCUUCUAGUGCCGAGGAUACCAGCCCAGCCCCUGUGAGUGCCCCUGUGCCCCCAGCCAGGGCUUGCCGGGGCCAGGGGUCAGAACCAGCUCCUGGAGCAGGGGGCCAGGUGGGGCCCAAGGCCCCAAGGCCCCCCAGAACCCCACCAGAGACAAGGUCCUCAAGACAGCCAGGCCAGGACGCGGCCCCCAGCCCGGCCCCUCGGCUCCGGAAAGGCUCUGAUGCCCCCUGGCCCCCAGUCCCCCAAGGGGGAGAUGAGGCCCCCAACGCCUCAGGGGCUCCCCCAGCAGGCGUGAAUUCUGCUGUGGAGACCCAGGCCUGGGCAAGCCCUCAGAAAGGGACAGAGGCCCAGGGAACCGGGCUGGGCCCAGGCACUGGGGACAGAGAUUCCAGCAACUCUUUGGAAGGGCAGAAACCCAAGGUUGAGGAGGGGGGCAUUGGGGACAGGCCAGAGGCUAGUGGGGUGGACACUGAGCAUGGGUCAGGAGUCAGAGAGGUGAACAGUAAGAGGUCAGAGGUCAGAGCUGGGGAGGCUGAAGAGAGUUUAGAAGUUGGUCAGGUGGAUGCUGAGCAGAGGUCAAAGGUGAGACACGUGGACACUAAGGGACCAGAGGCUACAGGGGUGACAUCUGAGGCAAGAUUCAAGGGAACUCCUGAGGCUCCUCCAAGGGGCUCUCAGGGCAGGACAGGGGUCAGGACCAGGGAAGAGGCUCCCACCGUCCUGAGCCCACCCCCAGCAGAGCCAGCAGGGCAAUCCAGGCAUCUCAGUGACCUCAAGGGGGCCAGGGCUGCUGAGGGCCAGGAGAGAGAGGGUGCAGAGGUGAGGGGUGGAGCCCCUGGUGUUGGGGGGACAGGCCUGGAGCAGGGCCCCUCUGCUGGAGCAGCAAGCGCCAGGCCCCAGGUGAGCCAGUACCAGGGGACCCCACCAGCAGCUGACCAGGGGGUGAUGUCCAGGGAUAUGAGGGUCUGGGAAGUAGAAACUGGGGAUUUGAGGGUCCUGGGAACAGAAGCUGCGGUGACAGAAUCAGAGUUAUUGGGGACCCAGGAGACAGAAGUGGGUGGGUCAGGGUUCCCCGAGAUAGAGACUGAGACAGCAGAAGUGGAGAUAUUGGGGACCCAGGAGACAGAGGCAGUGAGAUCAGGGGUCCUGGAGUCAGAGGCUGCUGAGAUGGCAGAGUCUGAGGAACUAGGGACCCAGAAAACAGAAGUGAGGGUUUUAGGGGCCCCAGGGGCAGAGGCCGGGAUGGAAGAGUGUGAGGUACUGGGGACCCAGGAAACAGAGGCUGUGGGUACAGGAGUUCUGGGGACAAAGACUAGGAUGUCAGAGAUUGAGAUACUACGGUUCCAGGAGAUAUCUGGGGGUUCACGGGUACUGAAGAUAGAAGCUGAGACAACAGAAUCUGAAAUAUUGGGGGCCCAGAAGACAGAGAUGGGGUGUUCAGGGGUCUCAGAGACAAAAUCUAAAAUAACAGGGAUGCAGGAGACAGAGUUAGGGGGUUCUGAGGUCCCAGGGACAGAGACUGAGACAUUGGGGACCCAGGAGACAGAGGUGGAAGAUUCACAGUUCUCAGGGCCAGAGGCUAGAAUGGCAAAGGCUCAGGGUCUGGGGACUCAACAGACAGAAACUACAGUUUUAGAGGCUGAGAAGGCAAAGGCUCAGACUUCUGGGGUCCAGAAGGCAGAGACUGGACUCUGGGAGACCCUCAAAUAUGAGGCUUUAGGGGCCCCAGUCAUAAAGCAUGGAAUUUUAGGGUCCCAGGGAGCAGAGGCAGAAACUACAGUUUUGAGGGGCCAGGAGGUGGAGGCUGGGAUUUUGGGGGUUUCAGAGGCCAUGUCUGGGGUUUGGGGGGCCGAGGAAGCAGAGACGGAGGUUUCAGGGGCUUCAGAGAACCAAUCUGGUAUUUUUGAGGCCCAGGAAGCAGAGGCUGGGGUCUCAGGAACCGAGAAGGGAAAAGAAGCUGAGGGAAACCUCCCAGAGGCCAGCCUGAUUGAGGCGCAGGUGGCCAGUGGGGCAGGGGCUGGGCUGCCCAGGCCCUCGGGGGCCUCUUCCCCAGAGGAGCCUGAAGAGGACAGGAGGCUGCCGGGCAGCCAGGCACCACCCGCCCCGGUCAGCUUCAGUCAGUCCCUGCUGGAGUGGUGCCAGGAAGUCACCACCGGCUACCGUGGCGUCUGCAUCACCAACUUCACGACAUCCUGGCGCAAUGGCUUGGCCUUCUGUGCCAUCCUGCACCGAUUCUACCCGGACAAGAUCGACUUUGCCUCCCUGGACCCACUCAGCAUCAAACAGAACAACAAGCAGGCCUUUGAUGGCUUCGCGGCCCUGGGCGUGUCGAGGCUUCUGGAGCCGGCGGACAUGGUGCUGCUGUCGGUGCCCGACAAGCUCAUCGUCAUGACGUACCUGUGCCAGAUCCGCGCCUUCUGCACGGGGCAGGAGCUGCAGCUGGUGCAGCUGGAGGGCGACGGCGGCGCCGGCACGUACCGCGUGGCCAGCGCCCAGUCGAGCCCGCCCGACGAACUGGACGCCGGCGGCCUGGCGCAGCGGCUGCGCGAGCACUGGGCCGAGGCGCCCCAGGAGCCCCAGGAGGCCGCGACCCGCGCGGACGGGAUGGCCCCCGAGGCGGCCUCCAAGGACCGCGGGGCCGAGGCCGCCCAGGAGGCGCGCUCCGCGGAGGCCCCAGCCGACGGCCCUGGAGCCCGGGCGUCCGUGCCCCCGACAGAGGGGCUGGUGAACGGGAUGGAGGCGCCGGGCGCCGCGGGCGGCGUGAGGCUGCGGCGGCCGUCGGUCAAUGCGGAGGCCGGGCCCGUGCCCCCGCCCCGCGCGCACGGCUCCUUCUCCCACGUGCGCGACGCUGACCUGCUGAAGAAGAGGCGCUCACGGCUGCGGAACAGCAGCUCCUUCUCCGGGGACGACCCGGACGCGGGAGCCGGGGGAGCUGCUGGAGCGGCGGCGGAAGUCGUGAGCCCUGACCCCAGCCCUGCCCCACAGCAGGCCCCUGGUGGGACUCCCCCAUCAGAGGAGCUACCCCCAAGCCCAGCGGAGGAGGCCGGGCUGCAACGGUUCCAGGACACAAGUCAGUAUGUGUGCGCAGAACUACAGGCCCUGGAGCAGGAACAGAGGCAGAUAGAUGGGCGGGCGGCCGAGGUGGAGACGCAGCUGAGGAGCCUCAUGGAGUCAGGUGCCAACAGGCUGCAGGAGGAGGUACUGAUCCAGGAGUGGUUCACACUGGUCAACAAGAAGAACGCUCUCAUCCGGAGGCAGGACCAGCUGCAGCUGCUCAUCGAAGAGCAGGACUUGGAGCGGAGGUUCGAGCUGCUGAGCCGGGAGCUACGGGCCAUGUUGGCCAUUGAAGACUGGCUGAAAACGGCCGCGCAGCAGCACCGGGAGCAGCUCCUGUUGGAGGAGCUGGUGUCGCUGGUGAACCAGCGUGACGAGCUGGUCCGGAACCUGGACCAGAAGGAACGGACCGCCCUGGAGGAGGACGAGCGCCUGGAGCGCGGCCUGGAGCAGCGGCGCCGCAAGCUGAGCCGGCAGCUGAGCCGGCGCGGACACUGUGUGCUGAGCUGAGGCCGCGAGGGCCCAGACGUCUUCGCCCCUCCCGGUCCGUCCAGACCGCAGCUUUUCUCCCCGUCGCGCCCGGUCGCCGCUUCGGGCCUGCGCUCCGGAGGACCGGACCCUCCCCGAUGCCGCUCGUGGCCAGUAGGGGCCGUCGUCACCCUUUACCAGGAGGGGACGCGCGGCCCUUCAGGCCCCGACGGACAGGGGCGGCUGGGCGGCCGCGCCGCCCGGUCGUAUUUAUUAGUCCGUGUGAGUGUGUGUGCGUGUGUUCGUGGUGGGCUGGGGGGUCCCAGGCGCGCCCCCCCAGAACCCCUCCCCGAGGGCAGGACCCGACCGGCCAGCACCGCGGGAGAGGGACGGCUCGUGAACUGCCGCGUCCCCGCCCUCCCCCUUCUUCCUGUUCCUCGGGAGCAAUAAAGUUAGAAAAGGCCAA